CUAACAUUAGCAUGCUAGGCCGGCCAACCCACCCAAGAGUGUACUCUUCGCUAAUAGAAGCUUUUUUAUUUUUCCAACAUGUACCGACCGUACAAUUCAGAGGUUUACAAGGUGUAAACGUUUAAACCCCUGUCGCAUUCGUAAAUCCUUAAUAUGCGAAGGCUUUAUAUAGUGUCCUGGGUGAUGCUCGGUGUCGCAGACAACAAAGCACCUGCACGGAAGUCAAAAUUUCCCUUAUUCAUGCUUGCUUUUUAAAAAAAAAAUGAGACAACUUGGCUCAUUUAAAAGCAACAAAGUCUGGCUUUUUCUGACAAUGAAGCAACAAAUUACUGCAAUUCCUGUCCGAAUAUUGGAACGAUAUAACAAACUGGGUAUUUUGUAGUGUAACUACAUUACCCAGAACGCUUAGCAGGAAAGCAGAAACCACGGAGUAGUGCGAGCGGAGUUACAAGCUAGUACCCCCCCCCCCUCUUAAUUAGAUACGGCUGUCGAAUACGUUAAGUAGAUUUGAAUGAGAAACAUUGACAAAGGUGGUUUACCUGGAUGAGCGGAGUGAACGUCUUCUUCAAAGUGAAACAGCCAAACGUUAGGAGCCCUGUUUAAAUCAGUGAGCACAGGUGAUUCUAAUCACCAAGGCCCCACCCCUGCCUGCAGCUACGCGUCAAACCCAAGAGGUUUAAGGAUGCAUCGUGGCGGGGACAAGGACUACCAGAUUUCGGCAAGAAAGAUGGCAACGUCCUUGUUCUUCCAGCUCUCUGCUCAUGAACGCGAGCUGGAUUUGGUGUGUCUGGACCACAGCUACGCCAAACCGUGGAACUCUCACCCGGACGCCAGCAGCGCCCGUCCCACCAGGACGCUGUUUGUCACCCCGAGACGCCAGCCUGAAGUUUCGCCAGACUCGGAAGGUUUAAUAGAUGUGGAGAUGGUCACACCCACGCCGGUGCCUCUGUAUGACAACCACAAAGCUCUGAGUGUGAUGAAGGAGUGCGAGCGACACGUCCUGUUUGCUCGCACUGUAGCGGACAGUCCCUCACCCCCUGAUGACUGGGAGGAGCACAUCAACAAGACAGCGUGGUCGGUUGCUCAGACCAAAUUGUUCAAUAAAGUCCUUAAAGCACUUCAAGUCGAGAGACUAGCUCGUUUGGCCAAUGAAAGUGCGCCCAACGAACCGAUACUACGCAGGUUAGCUGUGGACAAAUGUGCCAGGAAGGUGCGGCACGCGUUUGCAAGCGUCAACUGGGACACCAAGCUGACGCAGUGGUUACACACCAUUCUGAUAGAAUCACUGAGUCUCGCCAUGCUCGCCGCCUACCUGGAUGUCCUGCAGACUCUCAAAAGCAAGUUGCCCUCACUCAUUGACAGAAUGUUGCUGCCGUCGGCAAAGACGGGCUCUGCCAGUGCAGAGGCCCUGUCCUUGUUACUGAAGCGUCCAUGGGACCCAGCCGUUGGGGUUCUGUCCCAAAACAAACCGAGCAAGCUCCCUGGAUCACCUCUUAUCCUCAUCACACCGUCAAGCCCCACAAAUCCAGCUCUGUCCACAUCGCGGCGAAUGCGAUUCUGGCAGUCGCAGCUCUCCUGCCUGGGAAAGGUCAUCCCCAUCCACACUCAUGUCACCAGCGGCGCCAACAUUGGCAUCACGCAGUGUCUCGAGCACAUGCUGGGAACCGUAAGGGCCAAGGUCAUUGAGGUUCACAGUCACUUCCCCCACAAACCCAUCAUCUUGGUCGGUUGGAACGCAGGAGCGCUCAUUGCUUGCCAUGUGUCCCUGAUGGAGUAUCUGACCGCUGUGGUUUGUCUGGGCUUUCCCCUGCUUACAGUCAACGGUCCAAGAGGGGAUGUGGACGACCCACUGCUGGACAUGAAAACUCCUGUGUUGUUUGUGGUCGGGCAAAAUGCUCUGCAGUGCAGCGUGGAAGGAAUGGAGGAUUUCCGAGAGAAACUGAGGGCAGAUAACAGCAUGGUGGUGGUGGGAGGAGCUGAUGAUAACAUCAGAAUCAAUUCUGCUAAAAUGAAAUUGGAAGGACUGACGCAAACGAUGGUUGACCGCUGCAUUCAGGAUGAGAUUGCAGACUUCUUGUCAGGCGUCCUCGCAAGAGCUGAGAGCCACAGCCACGGCUCAGGGGAGACCAGAGACCUGGACACAGAGAAGAAGAGGAGGCCCCGACGAGAAAUCCCCUUUGACAUGGAGAGAGGACGACCUUCCUCGCCCGCCCUGAGAGUCGCCAUCUCUCCGUCGGGGUCAGAGGAUCUGUCCAGUGUGUGCAGCAGUCCCACAUCAAGUCCUAAACCCAAGACCGGUCUCUCCCCGGCUCAGAAGUCCAGUCUGAUUACGGCCACCCAGCUCCUGAAGACCCACAUGCAGCGCUCGGGCACAAUGCUCUCACACAAGCAGGCCCAAGCUCAGUUUGCUGCUUUUAUGAAACAAAACAUGCUUGUGAGGAAAAACCUUGCUCCUGGUACUCCUCCUUGUAUUUUUGUAACCAGCGAUCAGGUGGAGGCGCUGGACAGAGACGAGCUGAGGCCUCGUGGCAAGAGGAGGCAAACGGCGAGUCCCACGCAGAGCAAAGCGUCCAAGCGGGCCAAGAUCAAGGUCACCAUUGUUUCCCAAAGCGAGUCAGCAGGGGGCAGCAGCCCAGCUGCACAUGAAGUUGGUGUCUCUGGAAAGCCUCUUGCAUUAACAGUGGGACAAACUGUGGCCGGAGCCAAGGAGCUCUCUGGACUUCUCACAGGCCAGCGGUCUGGUAGUCUCUCAGAGGUGUCUGGUGCCCUGUCCCCAGGCUCCAGCUCCUUCAGCAUGGUGUCAGGGUCGUCCACACCCGUCCAGGCGCACGCUUCGGCUACUGCCCAAGCACCUUCCGCAAGCAGUCUACUCCAAGGCCUAAGUUUCAGUCUUCAGGAGAUCGUCACCAAAGCACCUAGCUUGCCCGCAGCAGAAGCCAACCUAGGAAGCACGCAGACUUUGUGUGGCAACAAGGCCCAGGGUCAGGUCUUGAGCUCCGCCUCUACCAGCAGCAGCAGCAGCAGCACUCUCCUCCGCGCAGUGCCUGUGGUCACCACGGGGGGCGUGGCCAAAACCAACGCCAUCCACCAGCUGCUAACAAACGGCGGACUGGCCAAGCUGGCCAGCAGUUUGCCAAGUUUGGCCCACAUCAGUAACCAGAGCGCUGGGCAGAAAGGCCCCACUUCCAUAACUGUGAUGCUUCGAGGAGCACAGCCCAGCAGAGCCACGGCCCUCAGCCAAGCUGGUGAAGUCACAAACACGAGCAGAAGCGACGUGUCAGCUGAGAGCCUGUGAACAACACAACGUGACGGGAUCUGCUGCUGAUAACACAGUUGUGGGUUCACCAGAGUGGACAUUUGUGGUUUGACAUCUUCAUCUAGAUUACACAUAAACAUGUCAUAAUAUAUUGAUGUUCUUUGAGUAUCUCACUGCCAAUAACCAUAAUUGUGUCUUGAGUUUCUCUAAUGCUCCAUGUCCUAAUACAGCCCACACUUCCAGUCUGGAAUAGUAGAUGAGAUGAUUGUCUUCUCUAUUCAUGCAAGGACACUUUCAAAGUAUCACAUUAUAAUCUUGUAGUCUAAAUGUAAUACAUACUCAUACUGGCCCUUUUUUAAGAUCUGAUGUUAAUAUCUGUAUGAUAUCAGCAUUGGAUGAUAUCGGUUUGUGUGUAAAAUGUCCGAUACAAGCAGUCCUGGAGCGUGUUUACUUGUUUAGACAGCUAAUGUCCUACAAUUAAUACACCCUUUCUUCUAAGUCGUUUUAAAAAAAGUGAACAUGCUAGGCUAUAGGCUACUAGGAGCUAGCAGCUACACAACAGCUAAGCACAUGAUAGCACACAAGCUAGCCAAACGCAACCAGUGUCCUUCAUUGAACCUGUGUGAAGUUGGCGCCCCCACAUGGUCAAAAUCUCCCCAAACUUGUGCUGCUAAAGGUUUUGUGCUAACUAGGAUCGUUUGAAUGUUAUUAAGGUUUUAUGGAGCCGAUUGUUCAUCUUAAUUCCUUAAUAACAUAAAAACUACUAGACCAAAACUUUGUGCAGCACAAACAACUGGAGGAACAAGAUUGGAAGGCUGUUAACAAAUAAUACUAUAACACGUUAAUAACUUGAUUACUAGAAUAGUAAGAGCAAAACAAUGGCUGCACAAACAAUUGGGACUGGUGUUGGGCAAUUUGGACAUAGUUGGGGACUAUUCAUUAAUAAUAACAUACAACUUGAACAAAAACUAUAAUAGUUAGACCAAAAAUGUUAACAGCGCAAACAAUUGGGACUGGGUUUUGGCGAUUUGACAUAGUUGGGGACUAUUCGUGAAUAAUAUGUUAAUUACAUCUUAAUAAAUAAAUAAAAACUAAUAAUUAGACCAAAAAUGUUUGCAGCACAAACAAUUGGGACUGGUUUAGGGAGAUUUGACAGAGUUGGGGACUACUCAUGAAUAAUAUGUUAAUUACAUGGUAAUAACAUAAAGACUAUAAUAGUUGGACCAAAAUGUUUGCAGCACUAACAAUUGGGACUGGUUUAGGGAGAUUUGGACAAGGCGCGGGGCCAAUGUCACACAGGUGAUGCCAAAGUAUCCAGUAACAAACGUGUCCACAUCAUUCAACUGACUGUGUCAAAACUCAUGAGCUUAAUUGAAUGCAUUAUUGUGGCCAAAAAACCCAAAUGCCAUUCCACUUGAACUUGAAGACAGCGCAAGUUCAUUGCAGACAGUCAAUAAUAAAUAUGUGUUUUUCAUACCUA